UCUAAACAGCUGCGCCGGUGGGCGCUUGGGGGCUUGGCUCUGUGGAGGACUCGCCGCCGCAUUACCCGGCUGAUCGCGUGGGCGAUGGAAUUGUCUGCGAGAGCCCAACAGGGGCCGCGGCGUCUGCAGGGGGACCCUCCCGCUGGUGGCCGGGGCCUUCCUCCCCCUCCUCCUCUUCCUCCUCCUCCUGCUCGCGAAAAUGGUCAAGGACUAUAUGAAUGCCCAAUGUGUCACCUUGUUUGCACUGAUUACCCAGUUCUGCAGGAACAUGUUGAAUUGCACUUGGAGGAAUGCAACUUUUUGGAAGUAGGAGGAAACUUGAGUGAUCUAGAAUUGGCACAACGUCUCCAGAAUGAGGAAGAUAAGCAAAGAGAAGAAGCAGCAAGGCAAGAGAGAGAAGAUUUCCAAAAGCUGCAGAGACAAUAUGGCUUGGAUGGUUCUGGGGGAUACAAACAGCAGACUUUGAAGAACAUGGAAAAGGAAGUGGCUUUUGGCAAAAUGCAACCAUCUGAAUAUCACAAGAGAAAAGCUGAUAUGAUGGAAUCUUUGGCUUUUGGCAUUGAUGAUGGCACAACAAGGACUUCAGGAAUUACUGAAGCCCUGUGCCUAUAUUAUCAAAAUGAGUGUAAAGACAUAAAGCAUGUAUGGCUUUCUAUGGGAACAGAUCACUUCCAUUGUUCUUUUGGAGAUAAAGGCUGGGGUUGUGGUUAUAGGAACUUUCAAAUGAUGUUCUCUUCUCUCUUGAGAAACAGCACCUAUAAAGACACCCUGAAAGAUAAUUCAUCAAUUCCUUGUAUUCCAAAAAUUCAGUCAUUAAUUGAAGAAGCCUGGAAAGAAGGUUUUGAUCCCCAGGGAGCUUCUCAUUUCAGCAGCAGAUUACAGGGUACUAAGGCAUGGAUUGGAGCAUGUGAAAUUUAUUCACUCUUAACUUCUCUCAGGAUAAAGUGUCAAAUCAUUGACUUUCAUCAGCCAACUGGCCCUUCAGGAACCCACCCUCGCUUGUUUGAGUGGAUACUGAACUAUUAUUCUUCAGACAAGGAAAACAAUGCUAAAGUUAAUUGUACCUCCAAGCCACCAGUCUACCUGCAGCACCAAGGAGUUCUGACCUGCUGAAACAAACCUGAUCUGUCCUGAUGUUUCAUCUCUGAACAGAACCAGUAAGCCAUUUUGCUUUAGGCGUGGUUGAUACCCUGGAUUUCUGCCAUGCUUGUGCUUUGCCUAUAGGCUCUUUGGGGUGGAGGUUGUAAAAGAAUGUUCUUCUUAACACUGCUCCUAUAAUAACAGCCAAUUACUUGUUUGUGUUUUCCUCAAUAAGUCCAUGUUCUGCUUUGCUUCUAUAUGUUCUUGUAUAUUAUGCAUUGCCCUGAGAACUGUAGGAUACUUUUAGGCAAGAUAAAUUUUGCAAAAGCUUUACAUGUUUUUGCUCCUCCAUUUUGAGUGGGAAGUGAUGAGAGGGGAUUUAUGCAAACUUGAUGUGAAGAGGGUAAUACAUAAUCCUUUCUCUGCUACGAAAUGUUGUAGGCCAAAACUAGUACAGAGAGAGAAGUAGGCAGGGAGGAACUGCUGGAGGAGCUGCCUGAAGAUGUUCUGAGCUCAAUGUGGAUCCUGAAAUAAUAUUACAGGUCAAUGUAGGUUAUAAGGAUUUGUAAAUCAACAUUCCACUGCUUGUCUGUCAGCUUUACCUAGAAGCGUAAGUUCAGUGUCAAGCUGAGCAAGAUUUCUUCAUGCCUGAUCCCAGUCUUUCUGUGGUAGCACCCCAUAUAUGAAACUGCCUGGUUCAAGAGCAUAACCUCUUGUCCAUGUUCCAGUAAUGUCUGAAGUAGAGUUGGGGCAAUUCCUAUUGGAAUCCUUCAAUUUUGGUUCUUAUGCUGUUUUAAUUUGACCCAGUUUGCAAAAUCAGAGUGGUUAAUAAGCCACAGUGGGUGGGUUCACAUGUCAUGACAAGCAAGUUUGGAUGAUUACCACAGUCUGUGUUUUUAUUAACUAGUCAACAGACAAUCAAGUGGUUUCUUGGUUAUCAUGGCUUCCUUCCUCCCUUUCCUGCUGUUGGCACAUUUCCCAUCAGCCAUCACACCUGUAAUUCAAUCCCAAAAUGCAUAGCUCCUAUGCUACCUGGAUCUUCCUGCUUGGUCCCCAAAGUUCCCAGGAUAUAUCCCCUGUCCUCUGCCCUCCUUCCCACCAGCCCCAUGUCUUCAUCCAACUAUAUCUUUUAACAAUUUUUUACCCAUAGAAACCACCUUUUUUCCUACUGUAAUUUACUCCAAGUGUCUUUUCUCGCACACCUUGCUAUCCUCUCCCCUUCCCUCCCUCACUGAAGACCUACUAAGGCUCAACUUUGUGCAGGAACCAGCAACGCACCAAUCAGGUGUGUGUCUCCCCCCACACCACUGCCAUGUUUCUGUUACCAUAGAGAACAUGUGGUGGGGCUUUACUUUUCCCUCCUUCUCCUCAACCUUGUAGCCAUCUCGCCAGUGCUGUAGCCAGCCAUCUCUUCUUUCCUGUGCCGUCACCUGACACAUUGUCUUCACCCACCUUAAUGAUCAGACAGAGGCUUGUCUUUCUGUCAGCUCCACAUCACCCCAUGCCUUCAGUCAUCCCAUGCACUCCCUCAUAUUAUUGCCUCUGUUUCAGAAUGUUUUAGGAAGCACUCAUUCUCAGAGACAAUAUCCUCUAGAAUUCAUCCAUGCUGGUUCAAAUUCACUUGCCUGCCUGUCUGCCUUCCUCUUGUUCUUUCUCUCAGCUAGGUCUCAGGCACCAAAAAUGCCCUGGCUUCCCAUUAUUUCUCCCCCAUUUCUUUCUGGUCUUGUUGAAAUGGAAAUCAUUCCCCCACUCCUCCUUGCUAGUUUGUGUGUCUUCUCCAUCAAUUUCAUGUCCCUCAUCCUGCAGCACCCAAAUCCUACAUUCCAGUUACUCUUACUUUUCUGCUGAUGUGUCCCAUUGGAUGAGCUUGAAGUCCAGUCUCCUUUCCCAUCCCUUCCCAAGAAGUACAUCUGCCAAACAGCUGUAUGUUGGAACCCCUUCUCAUUCUUAUUCUACACUGUUAUGGGAUCAUUUCAACAAUCCCCAUUGAAAUACACUGUAGUUUUUAAUGUGGACAAAUCUUACUAACCCCAAACUAAAUCCUUUUAAUAAGAAACAUUCAUCUAUAAUAAGACAUUUUUUUAUUUCACAGCAUAAGAAUGUUUGCUUUCUUAAAGAUUCUUCACAUGGAAACUACAGGUUAUCUCAAGAUUAAGCAUUAAAAUCUGCGGGUGUGUAAACUUUGAUGCCCAGAAGCUGUGCCCAUAAUUUGUUUCUCCACCCUCAGUUAUAGUAUUUCCCCCCAUGCUAGCAUGUAUCCAAAUACUUAAGAAUGAAAAUACAAGGCAUGACAACUCAGACUGGCAUCUGUGAAAACUGCAGGAGGCAGCUAGCAGUGCAGAGACCAGUAAAUUCCAAGGUUACUCUUUUGGGCAAUACAGCACAAUUCUUUGCAGCUAAAAAACAGGUAGAAAUGUGGACAGAAACAGAAGAUCGAGGGGCAUGGGAAGAACAGCAUGCAGGAGCAAAGUGAGCAAUAACUCGUUUGUUACUGUACUGACAAGGGUAGUAGAGGUUGGAUGGCUGGAGAGGCUCUUAAGAGUGGCUGCUAUUUCCAUGGAACACUUGGGGAAUUUAUAUACCAUGACCAUCAAAACCACGAUUCUGUGUUUGGACAUUGGUGUGGCAUUUUCAUUAACUAUAAUAUUUCUGGUCUGUUUUUGGUAAGCAUUUUGAGAAUCAUGGCGAAGAAAUUGCCAGACUGAAAUUGCAUUAUAAAUGUAUCUCUAAAGAAUACAAGUGUUUGUUUACAUACUUAUAUUGCAAUUCUGCAUGAUAAAUGUGACCAAUAUAUUUAAAUGAGAUGCAGUUGUGUACAGUGGCGUAGGAUUUCAUGAAGCAGUUUGUAUUGCAUAUGCAUCAAGCAGAAAAAUACUUCCUUAAACAUAAUUUCUGAUUGUUUUUGGGUAUGC